ACCCGGCGGCGGGGUCAGGGCGAACACCCUGCCGCCCCCGGGAGCUGCCGGGGCUCCGCUGGCGGGGCCGGGCGCUGCCCCAAGGGGGGCGUGAGGCGGGAGGAGCGGGGCGGGGUGGUGAGGCCGGGCCGGGCGGCUCGCUGCGUCUCUCCGGCCGCUUCGUAGCCGCCUCGCUCCUUCCUUCCCCGCCCGGCCCCGCGGCAUGGCCGGGCAGCCGCUGUCCUGCCGGGCCUCCCCGGGCGGCUACGGCUACGGCGGCGACCUCGGCGGGCUCCGGGAGCGCGAGUUCCCCCGGCUCCGAGGGAUAACUUACCUUGACCAUGCGGGUGCAACACUUUUCCCAGAUAGUCUACUUAAAGCUUUUACUGAGGACCUCAGAAACAACGUUUAUGGCAACCCUCAUAGUCAGAAUAUCAGCAGCAAGCUGACAUACGACACAAUCGAGCAUGUCCGAUACAGAAUAUUGCAACAUUUUGGCACUACUUCUGAAGAUUACACUGUCAUUUUCACAUCUGGAUGCACAGCUGCACUUAAACUGGUAGCAGAAGCAUUCCCAUGGAUGCCUGAAGGCUCGAAGCAACCCAGUAGUCGAUUUUGUUACCUAACUGACAGCCACACGUCUGUGGUGGGUAUGAGGGGGAUGACUGCCUUGAUGAAUGUAUUAUCUGUUCCGGUAAAACCAAAGGAAUUGUUAUCUGAGAAAAACUGGUUACCAGCUGAAGAACAAAACUGCACGACACCUCAUCUGUUCUCUUACCCAGCUCAGAGCAAUUUUUCUGGUACCAAAUAUCCCCUUUCAUGGAUACAGGACAUAAAAUCUGGAAAACUCUGCCCCAUCAAAAUGCCAGGGAAGUGGUUUGUUCUUCUGGAUGCAGCUUCGUAUGUGAGCUGUUCUCCGUUAGACUUGGGAGUUCACCAAGCUGACUUUAUCCCUAUCUCAUUCUACAAAAUCUUUGGAUUUCCUACUGGUUUAGGAGCAUUAUUGGUAAACAACCGGAUUGCCCCCCUCUUGAGGAAAACCUAUUUCGGAGGUGGAACUGCAGCUGCCUACCUCGCAGGAGCGGAUUUUUACUUCCCAAAGAAAUCCAUGGCAGAAAGGUUUGAAGAUGGCACAGUCUCUUUUCUUGAUAUCAUUGCUCUGAAACAUGGAUUUGAUGUUCUGGAAAAACUCACAGGUGGAAUGGAGAAAAUAAAACAACACACCUUUGCGCUCGCUCAUUACACCUAUAAUGUGCUGUCUACCUUAAAAUAUGCCAAUGGGGCACCUGUAGUACGUAUUUACAGUGACACAGAUUUCAGCAAUCCUGAUGUCCAGGGUCCAAUCAUUAAUUUCAACGUGCUCGAUGAAAAUGGAGAGGUGAUCGGCUUUUCACAGGUGGAAAAGAUGGCCAGCCUCCACAACAUACAUGUGCGCACAGGUUGCUUCUGUAACACAGGAGCCUGCCAGAUGCAUUUGGGUAUAAGCGAUGAGGACAUCCAAAGGAACCUGCAGGCUGGCCAUGUCUGUGGAGAUGAUAUAGACAUAAUUGAUGGACGUCCCACUGGUUCUGUGAGAAUAUCCUUUGGCUAUAUGUCUUCCUUUGAAGAUGCACAGACUUUCUUGAAAUUCAUCGUAGCCACCAGGUUCUCCAAUUCGGACACUGAGAUUCCCUUCCAGUCCUCUGUUACAAAGCUGACGACAGAGCCUGUCCCAGAUGAUGGCACUUACUUUAAGAAUGCAGAUAAAUUGUCUCCAAGAACGCACAUCUCGGACAGAGAACUUGGGAAUAAUUCAUCUGUGACAGUGAAGACUGUUGGCUGGCAGCCAGCGGAGUCUGAGUCGGAAAGCAUAAGGGCAACUAUUUCUGAGACUGCAGUGCCAACAUGCAGAGGAGAUGGCAACCCCAUUACUGUCACCAACAUUUUCCUUUACCCAAUCAAAUCCUGCUCUGCAUUUGAGGUUACAGAAUGGCCGGUAGGAAACCAGGGCUUGCUGUAUGACCGUAACUGGAUGGUUGUAAAUCAGAAUGGAGUUUGCUUGACUCAGAAACAGGAGCCAAGGCUAUGUCUUGUAAAUCCCUCAAUUGAUCUGAAGCAAAAGAUUAUGGUCAUUCAGGCAGAAGGCAUGGACACAAUAUCUGUAUCGCUAGAAGAAAAUACUGGAAAAGAGGCUGUGAUCUGUGAGAGUAAAGUCUGUUCGCACAGGGUAAAAACGUAUGACUGUGGAGAAAAAACUGCUGGCUGGUUCUCUAUGUUUCUUGGUCGUCCAUGUCGCUUGAUAAGACAAUGUCCAGACAAGAAAAACAGCAUGCAACAUAAAAAUACAAAAGGUCCAACCUGUGCUACAAGCAUCUCACUCUCUCUUGUGAAUGAAGCACAAUACCUCCUGAUAAAUGUAGCAAGCAUUCUGCAGCUGAAAGAACAUAUUUCUGCAAGAUUGGAAGAGCCAUUGGAAAUGGAGGAAUUAAUCCGGCGUUUCCGUGCCAACAUUGUCAUCAGUGCACCAGAGUCCUUUGAAGAAGAAGAAUGGGCUGAGAUUUCAAUAGGUGCUCUGCGAUUCCAGGUUGUGGGUCCAUGUAGCAGGUGUCAAAUAAUCUGCAUUGAUCAACAGUCUGGGGAGCGAAACAAAGAAGUUCUGCAGUCUCUGUCUGCUGCAAGAGGUAGAAAGACAAACUUUGGCGUAUACCUGAUGAACCAGCCUUUGUGCUCGUCCUUUCCAGAUACAUUAUCUGUUGGGUCUCAAGUACUUCCAGUGUUGAAGGAGAAUACAGAAAUUCAACGCCCAACAUCCAGUGAAGAAAAAUGUUCAGGAUAAAAGUUGAGACUUACAUGCAACUCUAGGAAGAAGUCAGUAGUCAGUUAUUCAAAAAGAAAAAAAUCUUCCGCUCAUUUGCUUCAGCUUUGAGUUUUUUAAUUUUCUGUUUGCAGUAAACGUUAUCAGAUGGCAGUACUCUUGAUAAUUACACCUCACCUACAUGUUUUUGCUUGCGAUUAAGUUACAGCAACCAUAACUCUUAUUUUGUUCAAUUGCUUCAGGAUGCAACAGGUUUGAUCAAGUUUUACUAGUGGAUGACUCCCAAAACAAGCCCAGUGUUGUUGUCAGAAACCCACAUCUCAAUGAAGGAAAGUAAACAUAACAAUGAACUACUUCCUUAUGCUGCUUUGUUAAAACCACAUUUGGAAGAGAGGAUGCAGGACGUGCUUUAGAAACAACGUAGGUGGGAAGGGGAUAGUGGAAGAGUGGCAGUCCUUUCAGCUUUUCAAAAGUGAAGCUGCAGGUGACGUACAGACAGUCUGAAGCACAGAAGAGUGCGUUGGCACUGGAAAAUAUGUGUCAUCAUCUUGGGAAAAGGUGUCUGAGGAUGCCAAAAAGACGCAAAGAUCAAUGAAGAUUCAGUAUGCCUUUACAAAAAGAUGUUCCUAUGAAGCAAUUUCAUCCAUUUGUUCUCGACAUCUUUUUCUCAUUCCCACUUGCCACUUUUCUAUCUGAUCCGUUUUAUGUGAUGACUUCCCACACGUUUCCAUAUGUAUUUGAGACUGUUGACAUAUUAUUUCUAAUAAGAGAUUUCUCAACUAAUCCAGUCAUGAUUUCUAUACAAACUUUGCUUAUGCUCAGCAAUCUCAAAUGGCCAAGAUGUUGAAACAUCCACUUGAGGGAAUUCUUGAAAGUCUGAAUGCUCCUCCAUCCUGAAAAGGUCAAAGCAUUCUUUUUUCUUACUCAUUGUGGUAGUUCCUAAGCAUUUGAUAAUGCCUUCUUGGAAGGCUUUUAAGUUCUUGACUGCCCUAAAUGACUCAUGCUUUCUGAUUGUCUGAAAUCUAGGACUUAACUGAUAUGUGAAUUCUUGCAAAAAUAAGUAAAUAAAUAAAGCCACACAAUGAGAGAGAGAGAAAGAGGGAGAGAGGAAGAGAGAGAGAGGGAGGAAGAAAGAAAAAGAAGCCUUGAGAAGGCAAUAUAAAACAAGAUUGAACGUACUGUGGCCAGGUGUUUUAUGACUGCCAGCAUGUGUUCAACCAGCCACAGGGCAAUUUCAUACUUCCAGGAAGUCCUCCUGGAAAAGGAAAUUCUUCUAGAUUGGCUGCUUUAUUGCCAAUUGGGAAGGGAAAUUUUGACCCCAUUAAAAGCACUGUCUGAACUCUCUCAUCCAGCAUGAUUUAGGCCUUCCUUGGAGUAGUUUUGGCUCAAACUGUGUGAAAGUGCUUCUGGCUGAAUCAAUGCUUGAGUCUUUGAGCGUAGCCCUCGAGGGGAGCAGGCAGCUUUGUGAAAGAAUUGGUCAAACAGUCCUUCUGAAAAGGGAGUGAUUACCCCAGAGCAGCAUACAGUGGGAAAAGGGAAGUGCAUCACCCGGUGUGUGAAUCAGAAUUCAGCAGAUAGGUAGUCUUUUCUUUCCUUUCUCUUUUUUUGUUCUUUUGAAGAACUGGUUUUACUCACUUCAGCUGGAACAGACUGUUAUUAGUCUCUCAGCAGAGCUUUGUAAUGGAAAUAAGGAGAGACACUAUCUGUUUCUUACAACCUGCCAUAAAAUAUGUGGAUAGGGAGAGGUGUUUUAUAUGUAUGUAAACUGAGGAUCAGGUUUUUGAGGAUUUUGUGAGUUGUAUCUUCCACUUCAGAGCACAAGCAAUGCUCCUUGAUGUCUGCUUUGAAAGCCAGCGGUUUUAUCUGUCUAAUAGUCAAUUAUCUGAUGUUGUAAUGAGCAGGCUUUUUGGAAGCUUGAAAAGCAGUUUCCUGGUUUCUACAUCUCUUUUGCUGUUUCACUCUUUGCCUUUCUGUUAUGCAGAACAUUGCUUUGUUGGAUAGAAAGCCAGCACAGUGCUGGCAAAUUUAAUAUGAAGAGACCUGCUGUAUGCUGACCUUCAGGUGAUCUCUGGCACUUUACUCUGUCCUCUUCACCUCACCAGUAUGUCAUUUGUUUAAAAUGGCACAGAAGUUAGAAGAGGAAAUUGAAAGCAAACCUCAGCAAGCUCUGUUUUGCUUGUUAUUGGAUUUACUGGCAAAUAAGUCACUUUGAUACACAGUGGCUUGACAAAUACUGUUUGUAAAUAGCCUUAAUGCAAUGUAUGAUAACUAAGGAUGAGAGGAUUUGAACUUUAAAAAUGUCAUGCUUGGUCAUUCUGGCCUAUUAUUUACAGGCAAUUACACUUUCUCUCUCCUGUGGCCUAGUAAUAUUGCAUCAAGAACAAUUUUGUCAUUUUACAGGGGGGAAAAAACAGUUUCUCUGAUGUACGAACACUCUCAUUAGUAUAUUCUGUGCAUUUCCCACAAGGAACAUCUUUGCACUGUAGUGAUAGGAAAUGUCACGGUGCUUCAGAUUGAUGGAAGAGACACAAGGAUUCUUUCAUCUCAACAAAGAAUAAUAUUUCCCUUAUAGUAAGUGGAGUGUCACCACCAGUAUUGAGAUGUCUUCCCAUCAAUGAAGACAGAUCCUUCUCAAUGCCAGUACUUUGUGGAAAAUCUUGAAGUAGGAGGAUUCAUGCUUAAACAUCACGCACUGUAAGUUUUGUAGAAAGAACAUCCUUCCCAUAAUGUGAUAAAAAAUUCAAAGAAUUGAGAAACUGAGCAUAAUACAAACUGAGGUAUGGCAUGAGCGAAAAGGACAUUAAAACUUCAAAACACCAUGUAUAUUAUGUAGAAAGAUUAAGUGCUUUAUUAAGGGGUCACUUCUCAAUGUUCUGAGUAUAUAGAAAAAAUACAAUUUCAUAUGAAUGCAGACUCUUUCAUCUAAGUACUCUCAUUGCGGCAAAAUUAAAUCUUUGGACUAAUUACAGAUAUAUAUUUACUUUCUAUGGAUAAAAAAUGUAUUUAAUACAGCAUUUCCAGAGUGCUGUGUGUAGAAAGUCCUCUACAUAUUUGAAAACUAAGUCUAUAUUUCCUUACGAUAAAUUAUUCAGACACAUUCCAUUUUCUGUGAGACUUAACUCCUCAAAUCUCGAGGCAAAAAUUAUGAUUAUUACAAGCUCCAGUAAUAGCCAAGAGGCUGGAAUCACAGAACAUAAAUCCACAUUUUUAGGAGAAGCCUCUGAACUGUGUUCACUGAUAUGACUAAGAUAAUUCAGACACAUUGCAUUUAUACAUUUUCAGUGGCAUCUUUCAAAAUGUGGUCAAAAAUUUUGGCCAUUUUUCUGUCCAAAUCAUGUACAAAUCAAAAGGAAAGACUGCAUAAUAACUUGAUUGUUGUUCAUAAGUUAUGGAAAUUAUGCUACGCAUUUCUUCUUCAGUCUCUUUUUUAACUUUCUUGGAAAUGAGGUCAAUAAAAUACAUAUUGGGCUCGA